GGUUACCACCAUUACAGAAUCUAAUCUGAAAAAAAAAAACAAUUACAGCUAAAGUUCUGUUCCAUGUUACAGGUGUUUCACUUUUUUUUUUUACAAGUUUUAAGUACUAUAGUUUAUUUAGAAAGCCUAUUACAAUAAUACCAUUUCACAUUCCCAAAAUGUAUUCUUGAAUUUCUCUAUAUCCUCUUGGUAAGUUUACAUUUUUAACUCUUUUAUAUAAUAUAUAGUCUACAACCAGAUAUGGAUGAGUUCCGGCCGAGUUUCCGGUGUUCCGAUGACCGGAGACUGGAGAUUGUAAGUGGAAAGGGGUUCAACAACAACCAGGUAAGUCGGGCUCGGUCACCGGAUCUAGUAGGGGUAUCGAGCAAAGGGACGUGGCCAAGUCAGGUGGCAGCAGCGCCGUCGUCAAAUAAGCCAUGGGGAUUCAAUGAUCCAGAGAUGAAGAGACGAAAGAGAAUAGCAAAGUACAAAGUUUACACUAUUGAAGGAAAGGUCAAAACUUCAAUUAGGAAUGGACUAAGGUGGUUCAAAAAUAAAUGCUCUGAAAUCAUCCAUGGAUAUUGAUUAAUUAUCUUUUCCCAGACUCUACUAACACAACACGGGAUGCUUUGUGCAUCGGAGUACCCUGUCCAAUCUCUUUCUCAAAAUCAUCUGUUUGAGAAAGGUCUAAUUUCAUACAUUACUUAGUAUUUUUUUUUUUAUUUCAAAUUGAAAUUCUAAUUUGUUUGUAUGUCAUUUAAUCAUGUUUAACAAUUGAAGUUAAUUUCUCCCUAGAAGCUUUUUAAGUCAUUCUUCCUCUAG